AUGUACCCAAUCGCCAAGUACUCUGCUUCCGAUCCCACCGACAUUUACUGGUUCCAUUGGACCCAGCUCGAUCUAGCCUAUCUCCACGCCAUCCUGUACACCACCUCGUUCUUCUUCGAUGAUCUGGCAGGGCGGAAGAGCGAAAGAACGAAAUAUCACUCAUAUCGAACUGUCAGCGAACUCAAUAAACAGCUCAGCGACCCACAGACUGCCUUGACUGACUCCACAACGACGGUGGUCAUGUUCAUGCUCUUUAUCACGGAGUGCUUUGGAGAUAUGGAGAGCGCCCACAUGCAUAUGAUGGGGCUAAAAAAAAUCAUCGAUCUUCGUGGGGGCCUGAAGUCAGCGGAUUUGAUUUACAGCAUGUGUACCGGAUGUAAGCCAGUAUACUGCCAAGGCAUUUCAUCUUCUGCUUGUAAUUUUUCCAGUCAGGUCCGUGAUUUUGAGCACUGGUCAAUCGAUCAGAGUUGCUUUCCCCGCUCGCGCGACCUGAUUUAUGGCCUUGACCGACAGCUGUACAUCUGCGUGAAGAAUGUCCAGAUUCUUUCACAGAUGAUCAACACAAGUCACGAGACAGGUGAAAAACUGGCGGACAUGACUUUGGAGAAGUUCUUAACAUCUAUCCAGUCACAACUACUCGUCCUUGACUUUUAUGACGAUGCUAGAAAUCCGUUAGUGGAAGUUCUCAGACUUUCACUUCACGCCUACUUGACUACUGUUUUCUGGAGUUUUCCCGGCCUGAAAACUGAAUAUCCUCUUCUGGCCGUUCAGUUCCAAGAGGCUUGUCUGGCCUUUUCACCCACCACAGCCGAAGAAACCUUCUUGUUCGCCUGGGCCUUGAUGGUAGGCGCCAUCUCAAUAUUCCAAAAUCGAGAUCAAGAGUGGUUGUCAGAAAUUCUCUACCCUCUAAUACAGACCAGUCUUGGUACCUUGUGGCUUGAGGCGAAAGCCAGUCUGCGCCAAGUAAUGUGGAUAGAAAGUCUUCAUGAUAGCGGAGGAACGGAAGUUUUCAGGCGAUAUAUUACCAGGAAGAAUAGUAAGACAGCCAUCUCACUAGGACGGGUUUGA